AUGUGCAAGACAGGCAGUCUGAAUUCGGCGAGCUCGGCAGAAGGCGUACAUCAAAACCAGAACCAUGAAGAGGAGCCUAGGAUUCGAUUACUGCAGCUUUCAGAGCAAGCGAUUGAGAAACAGAACAGCGUCAACCAACUCACAACUCUUCAUCGACAGACACAACAGGAAACGCAACGACUGGACGAGGAGCGACAAAGGCUAGGGUCCGCGGUGGACGAACUUACUGUGAAUAAGAGUCAGCUAAUGGAGGAGGAGCAAGCUAAAGCAGUGUCUUUGGCAGCAGCGGAAAGUGAAGGGUUUUAUUUGCUCUGCAAGGAAGCCGUUUCCUGGCUGUCUCUCAUGUGA